CGAGUUUGUAUUUCGUUUGGUGAGGUUUGUUUUUGUGACCCACACGUCGAGCUGAGAAAAAUUAUUGUGUGUGUUGUCAGCCCUUGUGCUGUGCUGUGUGUGUCGUCGUCCCCACUGUGCUCUGCUGCUGUCGACGUGUCUCUCGAUUCGGGCGCCGUGCGUGUCUCUCACACAACAGCUUAAAUACAAAACUGGCAAAACAAUUGUGAAUUUAUAUAUAUUUUCGAGCGAAAUCAAUUUAAAUCGCUAAAAAUCAAAUAGCAAAAUCCACUUGGCGCAGCCCAAAAUAUAAGAAAAUCAAGCAAAGUGCGUGUGUGUGUCGGAUGUGUGCGUGUGUGUGUGAGUGUAUUUGGAAUGUGUUUGUUUCACACACCGCAGCGUGUUAACAACGCAAAUUGCUCUCAAUAUUAUUCAACAUUUUCGAUUGUUUGUUGAUCUCGCCCCAGCAAAACUUACACUAUUCUCCAGCAGCAAUAACAACAAAUUGUCAAAUAUUAAAAUUGUGUGAAUAUUUACUGAAAAACAAAAAAAAAAAUUUUUUUUCCAACUCGGUUACGGAAUUUUUGUGUCGCGUUUCAUUGCCAGCAUGUCUCUUGAGCGCGCACUCUCUUGAUGUCGCUUGGCUCUCUCACUCUCCGUGUCUCUUCGUUGCUUUGGCGCUCUCGUGUCGCUUUGCCGCGUCGCGUCGGCCGCGUUUCAUAAUCCAAUUGCCGUCCCUCGUUUCGUUUCGUUUUGUGGUCGGUCUUCCUACGUUGCGUUAUCGCCCGAGCUUCGCGUAUCUUUAUUUAUAUUUUGUUUCGUUUCCAUUUCGUUUCGCAUUCGCGCCUUGUAAUAUUUUAGUGUGGCUAGUGCCCACACCCCCCACUCCCCCCUUUGGGCGCUCUUGUCUUCGACUCAAAGCUGCUUCCUCCUUCAUAUAAAACACGCCCGAUUCGAGUUUUUCUACAAAAACUAAUCUUUUGUUUUUGAUUUCCUCCAACUUUGUUUUAUUUUGAUCUACAGUUCUAACUUCUACGACACAAGUACUAUAUCAUUUCAUGGAAGAAUUCCAUACAAAAAUAAAAUACUAUAUGUUUUCACAAGUAAAUAAAAAUAAAAUAAACAACAACAACAAAUAUAUCUCAAGUUUGCCUUGAAAAUACAAAAAAAAAGUAUAAUAAAAGUAAAAAAUAUUCAAUAAAAAUAUAAUAAAAUCAAUAUAGCUACCAUAUAGAGCAAUCCACAUAUAUUUAUACACGCAACGGUUUCACUUUGCAAAUUAUAUACAACAACAACAACAAAAUUUACAAGCAUCAUUAUAAACAAUAUUGAUUGUUAGGCCAAUUGUUGCCUAGUGCAAAAAAAAAAAAAAAUUAAUUAGAUAAUUGAUUAAUUAUAAAAUAAAUACAAAAUAAUACAACAAAAAAAAUGCAGCUAAACUCAAUAAACUUGGAUUAUAACGCAUUUUACGAUUGAUUGAAUUUGAAUCUAAAAAAAGUGUGUGUUUCAUUUACGUCUUGAAGCAAGUUGUUAUGUAUAGCCCCCGAGUUAGACAUCAAAUCAACGACAAGCAACAUUAACAACAACAACAACUACAACAAUAGGAGCAGCAGCAUCAUCAACAGCUACAACAACAACAACAACGGGCACAUCUAACGCUGCAGCUAACAGAUGAGCCCCAACAACAGAUGUCAAUUGCUGCAGCCGAAAAUGCAGGGCUUAGCCCAGGUGACUUACCAGAUCAUUGGGCCUCAGGUACAGCAACAACAAACGGAGCAGCAACAGCCUCAAGUAGCAAGCACAGCAGCAGCAGCAGCAACAGCAGCAGCAACAACAACAUCAACAACAGCGGCAACUCUGGUUGCAAUCUGCCGCGCUCGUCGCCGGCCGCUGCGACCGCAGCAGUUACAAUCCCGGCCGCUGGCGGUAGCGUGGUAAGCGGACAGGGAGCGGGAGCGGGAGGAGGAGCGCAACUGCAUCACGGUCUGACGCCCAAUACGCCGCAGCAACGAACGGCGGCAACACCAACGCCAGCAGCAGUUGCCGCCGCCGCCGCCGCAGCAGCAGCUGCCAACAAUCUGCUCACGCUGCAACAGCAACAGCAACAACAACUGCUCUACCAACAACAACAGCAACACCAACAACACCAACAACAUCAGCAACAUCAGCAGCAGCAGCUCGGCUCGCAUCAUUCGCAUCAGAGCAAAGCAGCGGCUGCAGCUGCUGCAACAGCGCACAUUGCAGCUGCGCUGCAGCGCUCGGCCGCCAUCAUGAAUGCGGUCGCUUCGCCGAUUCCAGCGAACGCGGCGACUUCGGCUCGCAAAAUUCGCCGCAAGACUGACACGAAAGUGAAUUUGCCGCAAUCACAGAUCAACAAAUGCAACAAUGAGAAGCGACGUCGGGAAAUGGAAAAUAAUUACAUCGAGCAGCUCUCGGAGUUUCUGCAGCUCAACAAACGUGGGGAUAUGACAUCAACGAAACCGGAUAAGGCGGCAAUAUUAAAUCAAGUGGUUCGAACGUAUCGUGAUAUUUGUGACAAAGGCCAAAGCCGUGAUAUAUCCUCAACAUCAACCAACAACAACUCCACGACAACGACCAACAACAAUAAUAACAACAAUAACAAUAACAACAACAAUAAUAACAACAAUAACAACACAAGCAACAAACCACAAGCAACCUCAACACGCUGCUCUCGCUGCGCCACAGACAACUGUUCGAUACACCCUGUGCAACAGGGUGAAGUAUCUUCAACAGAGCCACCGCUGCCCGAACCUUCGCUACUCAACGGUCAAGUGCCGGAGAUUUCCGCCUAUUUCGAGGCACUCGAGCACUACAUUAGCUCGGUUGGUUGGGUGCUGCUUCAAGUGAACGCGAACGGCAUCAUUGAAUCCUGUACGCAGAACAUACGCGAACUGAUUGGCUAUGAGAAGCAGGAGCUGUACCACCAGCCCCUCUACAUGUACCUGUAUUCGGGGGAUCACGCCAAACUGGAGCCGAUCAUAAACAACAUGUACAGCACUAGUGGAGGAGGCGGUGGAGGAUCAGGAGCAGGACCUGGUGGAGGAGGAGCAGGUGGUAGUUCAGGGGGCGCAGGAGCUGGAGGAGCUUGGGGCGAUCUCGACGAGCUGAACAAUGGCAACGCCUCACAGCAAUCGGCAGGCUCCAAUUCCAGCUCGAGUGGCGGCAACGGUGGUGGAGGAGGAGGCAGUGGCAGUGGGGCAGGCAAAUCGAAGCGCAGCAUAUCGACCAAGGUGCGCAUGCUAGUCAAGGAUACGCGCCCAGCGACACAGACGUCCUCCAAUUGCGAUGGCAUGGAUACCAAACCGUUGCGUCCGUCAGGACAGCAGGAUAAAUACGAAGAAGUUGUCUUGAUCGCGGCGCCAGUGAAAGAUGAUGCCGAUGCGAGCAGCUCGGUGCUCUGUCUGAUCACGCGACCCGAAGACGAGUCGCCGCUGGAGAUCAACAUGCAGCAGCAUGUGCAGCAGCAGCCCAUCGAGCAAAUGACAUUCAAACUGGACAUGCACGGCAAAAUACUCAGCCUGGACUCGACUGCACUGCGUGAGCCGUUCAAGCAGCAUCUGCAGACGUGGAUCGGUCGCUUGUGGCAGGAUCUGUGUCAUCCACACGAUCUAUCCAUGCUCAAGUCACAUCUCCGCGACAUUCAGGAGUCGGCCUCGGUCCAUUCGCCUGGCAGUUCGGGCGGCGGUCCCGUGCACAAUGCACCCAUAUCGAAUGUUAUAUCACGUCCAUUUCGUUUGCGUCUCGGCGCUCCCGAUGUCUAUGUGCAUGUGAAGGCCAAUUCGAGACUGUUCCUCAACCAAAACCCCGGCGAGAGCGAUUUCAUCAUGUCCGUGCAGACGCUGCUCAACUCGGAGAACGACAUGAACAGCAACAACACCGGAUCCGGUUCAGGAACGGGCUCAGGUGGUUUGGGUUUAAGCCAAAUAUGCGCCAUGUCGCCGGGUGCCUCGUUGGCCAGCUCACUGGUUAGCACACUUUCCAUGGAGGCGCUGGGACACAGCUCCACAUCCGCGGCUAGUGCCAGCUUACUGCCAACCCAUUUGCUGGGCGGCCUGGUCGGUGGCGGACAACACAACAACAGCAACAAUAAUGGCGGAAGCGGCAGCAGCAACAGCACGCAAACGACCAAUGUCGGUGGUCCGCUGAUGAGUUCGGCGAUCAUCAAUGGCAGCGGCAUGCAACAGCGCCUGGGCAACGCCAGUGGCUCGGCCUCGGCAUCAAAUUCCUCGGCUGCCACAUUGGUUAAUGCCUUCACCGCAUCGCCGGCUCAUGUGGAGCACUCGUUCUAUGGCAGCGAUGCCUUCGAGUUUGAUAUUGCACAUUCCUCAUUCGACAUGGAUCCCAGCGGCGGUGGCGUCGGCGCCUGGACCGAUUCGCGUCCCAAUUCGCGGGCAUCCGUUGCCACACCGGUCAGCACGCCGCGUCCGCCGUCGGGACACGGCUUUAGUCCGGCUGUUUGCGCUUCGCCAGCGACGCCGUAUCAGCUGUCCUCACAGUCGGCGGCCAGUUUGCCCUCGCCACAGUCAAAUGCCAGCGCCGGCGCUGGCGGUAACUAUGGUUUCAACUUUCAAUCCUACGACCCGGCGGACAGCAAGCCCGACAAGGAGCAACUACAGCAGCAGCAACAGGUCGGAAACAAUGCCAACAGCAACAACAACAAUGCAUUGAUGGGUGGCAGUCUGCCAAAUGGCGUCGGAGUCGGAGUUGGUGGCGGCAUGGGCGGACUACUGAUGGGUCAGCAACAGCAGACGCCACCGCAACAGGAAUCGUCGGAGAGACUACGCCAUCUGCUCACUAAGACGCAGAGCCUAGCAAGCGGACAAGGCGGCAGCGGUUUAGGCGAGGAGGAAAAGUACUUCAAGCAGGAAUGCAACGAGGAUGAGAAACUGAAAAUGGGACCAGUCGGUAGCGGAGGAGCUGGGGCUCCAGCAAGCAGCAGCUUCAAAAUGGGCGGCCAACCGGGUCCGAUGGGAAUGUUUGGGCAACUCGGACGCGGGGGCGCAGCAAAUGCCAAUGCGCUAUUGCAGAAGGCGGGCAACUCACAGAAUCCCAUGCUGCUCAAGCUGCUAAACGAGAAGAGUGAGGACGACGAUGGCAGCGGUGGAGCCGGCACUGGAGGAGGUCCGGGCGGUGUCGUUACGAAUGCACGACAGAGCGAGCUAAUGCGCCAACUGCAGAAGGACGAUGGCGGCAAUCAUGGUCCUGGACAUGGCAUGAUGGGCGGUGGAAGCGGUGGCGGUGGCCCUGGUGGAGGAGGGGGCAACAUGAGCAACGAGGAUCUCAAGCGCAUGCUGAAAAUACAAAGUGACCCAGCGAUGAGUCGCAAGCGUUCGCUCAACGAGCCCGAUGAUGAUAUUUCCGCCAAGCGUUCCGAGGAUAAGCCCAGCAAACUGUGCUCACAGAACAAAAUGUUGGCGAAACUGUUGCAGAAUCCACCCAAGUUGCCCAAGGCACCAAACCCCGAGCAACUGUUGAAGGUGAAAACAUUGCCGGACAUUACCAGCUCGACGGUCAACAGUGUGAGCAGCUCGCUGGCAGCGCCAGGUAAUCUGAUUAGUGCCGGCAGCACAGGACCCAAAGCGGCGGCAGCAGCAGCUUCGAAUCGAGCACGCAAACUGCAGCAGCAACAGCAGCAGCAACAACAACAGCAGCAGCAGCAGCAACAACAGUUGCAACAGCAACAGCAAUCGACUGCAGUUCAGCAGCAGCAGCAGCUGCAAAACGAUGUCUACCUCAGUCAGCAGCAGCUGGCAUACCAGCAACAACAACAGCAGCAGCAGCAACAACAGCAGCACCAACAACAACAGCAGCAGCAACAUCAACUGGCGACCACAGGAACUACCUCAAUUACCAUAGCGGCCUCGACCUCAGCAGCUGCAGCGGCAGCAGCUGCCGACUCGGAGUUGUCCAAGUUGCUGGACAGCGUGAUGGAAUAUUAUACGGAUGAUACGCCCAUUGUGAAUGCAGCACCCUCAGAGGCUUCGGCAAUCAGCGAUAUACAGAAAUCGCUGAUGGAUGUUGAAUCUGCCAGCUUUGGGCAUGUGAUGAACUCGCAUUUGCUCAUGUCCCAGCAGCAGCAGCAACAACAACAGCAGCAACAGCAGCAGCAGUUGCUGGUGCAACAACAAGUGCAACAGCAUCAGCAGCAACAACAGCAGCAGCAGCAACAACAACGGCAGCAACACUUGCAGCCACCAGCCUAUCCCAGCAUGCUCAAUCUGCAUCAGCAUCAACAACAGCAACAGCAGAGUCAGCAGCUACCACAGCAUUUAAUGCGCCAACUGGAGGCGACGCGUAAUCAGGGCUUUCAACGUCCACCGCCCAUGUAUCCGGUGCGUGGACGCGGCCCAAUGAAUGCGGUGGCCACGGCCAGCGGUGGCGUUGUGUUGCCCAAUCAGCAGAUGCGCAACAUGCGCCAACAGCAGCAGCAACAACAGCUGGCAGCACAGCAGAAGGAGCGACUGCUGCAGCAGCAACAGAAGCAGCAGCUGCUUGUGCCCGAGAAUGCCACUGGCAUCAAUGCGGGCAUCAAUAACAUUGGCUCGCUGCUGAACACGACGGUGGCGCCAAAUGUGUCGCUCUCGCGCACAAAUCUGCCAGCGGAUGCGCAGCUAAGUCCGAACUUUGCACAAACCCUGAUGCAGCAACAGCUCAGUCCCGGACGCAGUGCGCCUUACAGUCCCCAGCCGAGUCAAGGCUAUGCUCCGCAAUUUGGGCAAAGUGCGCAGCGUUUGUCGCCGCAACAGCAGCAACAAAAUCCGCAGCAGCAACAGCAGCAGUUGGCUUAUCUGCAACAGCAGCAAGCAGGCGAUGGCGGGCGCUCUAAUACGCCAUUUGCCAGUGGCUCGGGACUGCAAUCGCCUGGCAUGCAGAACAGUCCACAGCAAUGGCCCUCGGCGGGCGUUGGCGGUGGCAACGGUGGACCUGGGGGACCAGGUGUGGCUGUCGGUGGACCAGGUGGACCGCUGCCGUCAGGCAAUGCGGGACGCUCACUGCAGCAGCACAAUAACCCCUUGCUCAUUGCGCAGCUGCAGCAGAAUAAUGCCCGACAGCAGUACCAGCAAAAUCAGCGACGUGGCCUAAACUCCCCCGGCGCUGUGGGACCCGUGGGCAACAAUGCAGCAGCCUUGCAGAGGCAGAACUCCUUCCAUGCGCAAGGUGGAGCCACAACACCCGAUGGCAGUUCCGGACCGGGAGGCGGACCCUUCGGUGGUAGCGGUCCUCAGUCGCCCUACGGCGGCGCUCCGACGAAUGCGUUCCAGCAGCAGCAACUGCAACAACUGCAGCGUCUGCAGCGGCAGGGCAGCGUGCCACAGGCCACACAGCAUUUACCAGGCUCAACGCGCUUCGGUUUAUCGCCGGGCAAUAACAACAACAACAACGGCAACAGCAGCGGCAACAACAACCACAACAGCCACAAUGAGAAUUCCGCCGCCGCCAAUCAACAGCAGCAACAUCAGCAGCAGCAACAACACCAGCAACAACAACAACAGCAGCAGCAACAGCUGAUGAACGGCAUGAGCAUGUCGCCCCAUCCGGCCAUGAUGGGUGUGGGAGGAAUGGGCAGUGGCGGCGGCAAUGGCAUCAUAGGGCUGGGCGGUGGCGGUGGUGGAGGCGGUGGCUAUGCGGCCUUAGCUGCCUACGGUCAAACAGCGGCGGCGGCGAAUGAUUUCUAUGGUCGAGUGCAGACCGCUGGCAAUAAUGUUGGCGUUGGCGGAGCUGGUGGCAAUGCCAAUUCGGAGUUUGUCAAGCAGGAAUUGCGAGCUGUGGUCAGUGUUCGUGCCCAGCAAGCGGCGGCGGCGGCCACGGGAGGAGGCGUGAGUGGAGGAAAUGUGGCGCAACGCGGCCAGACGCCGCAGAGUCCGUUGCAGCAGGGACCAAUGAUCGGUGGCGGCAAUAGUACAAAUGCGAUGGGCAAUGCCACGCCCGGUGGCAGCGUUAAUGCCGGCAAUCUUCACUUGCCGCCAGAUGAGAUAAUGGGAUUUAGCUUCGAGACGCCGGACUUCUACACCAGCAGCGCCUCCAGGUGACCCUAAGGCGUGUCCAGAUACUCAUCAAGCGAUCCGGAAAUCCAGAAAGAACAACAGCAAUGGCAAACAACAUUACAACUACUACGACAAACUGCUACAGCAAAUAGAUCAUUUCGAUAUCUUCUUCAAAACGCAUUUAUAACGUUGGCUCGCCCAAGUUUCUCUUUUUCUAAAAAAGAUGAAUACCAAUCAACAAUUUUGCCACACUUUCGUUCAACACACACAGCCACGCAGGCGUAAAAAAAAAACAUUAAGUAAUUAACAAAAAAAAAAUAUGAAAAAAUAAACAAAAAAAAAAUGAGAAGCGAACGCCUAGAAAUGCGUAAAAUAUAAAUGUAAAAUUCAAACCGAUAAAUAGCAGCACCUUUCAAUAAGCCAAAACGUUAAUACAAUUAAUAUAAAUCUAUAUAUAUAACAAAAAUAUAUAUAUAUAUGCAUAAAUAUAUUUAUUAUUAACACUAGCAAAUAUUAAUUGUAAUGCAUACAUAAAAGAAGAGAAAAAACAAAACGAGAUAAAUAUUAAAUAACAGACACGCUAUAGUUAAAUAUUUUGAAAUGCUGCUAAACAUUAUACAACAAAAGUAAAACAAAACAAAGCAAAGCAAACAUAUUUAUUACGUAUAAAGCAUAGGCUAAGAUGCUAUAUAUAUAGUAUAUAAAUAUAUAUAUAUAUAUACAAAAUCACACACGUACACGUAUGUAUAUCUUUAUGCAUAUACAUAUAUGUAUAACGUUUCAAGCUGUUGUUUAAUAUAUUGAUAUUUGUAUAACUAACAAAAGUAAAACUCUAUAUAUAUUUAUAUAUAGACAUGAGAAUGGCAGCAGUUUGAUAGGCUUUAAAUUUAAUUAGUUUUAAUUACAACAAAAAUAACAAAAUGUAUACAAUUUGAACGAACUAUAAAAUGUAACACACACACACACACACAUACACAUACACAUACACUCACACGAACAUAUACCACACCACCCACACCCACAUUAAACAAAAAUACAUCUAGCAUAUAUUAAAUAUAUGUACGCAUAACUACAAUUUAGUGUUGAAUUUUUUUCAGUGUGAUAAUUUGUUAAAUUUUAUAUUAUUUGUUGCUCUUGAGCGUGUCCUUACCCCCAUACAUAAUAUGAUUUCCAAAAGUUUAAAUUUCUUUUAACUACUAUAUAUGCUUUUAAUGCGAAUGCAAAUUGCUAAAUCACAAAAACAACCAAACAAUCGAUGAACUCAAUUAGUUGAAAUUGGAAUGCGAGCGAUUUGCUUAGUUAUGUACAACAAUAUGUAUUGUACAAUAAUAAUUACUAUUUGUUAUGCCGCUCUGUAACGUUGUAACUAUAUAUAUAUAUAUAUAUAUAUAUUUGUACAUACACAUAUACAUAUACAAAUCUUUUAGCACACACAUACCUAUACUCUUUCUAAAUUCUAUUUCCGUUUCGAAAUUGUAAUUGAUAAUUUAGUUAAUGCUCUACACGUAAUUAUUUGAUAAUGUUUAUGUUCUAACAUAUAACAAGCAACAUGAAAAGCAAACACUGAGCAGUCAUGUCAGUGUCUAUGUGAAGGCUAUUUUACAGGUUUUUGUUUAAACUAAUUUGUAACACAGUUUUAUUGAGAUAAUAUUAAUACUUCUUUUAUACACAUUAUACACACACACACACACACAGUACAUUAUGUAGGAUAUUACAAUUCAAUUCAAUUCAAAUUCAACUGCAACGUUUGACGAGAACAAACAGCAACAAAUGAAAUCACAAUUUGUUUGCGACAGAAAAAGGCGACAAAAAAAAUAAAAAAUAAAAUGUGGGAAAUGUUUCUCUUAUUUAUGUGUAGUUAUUUUUAUUAUUAUUCUUAUUAUUAUUCAUUUUUUGCUUUGUUUACGCAAAAAGCAUCUAUAAACUAUAAUAUGUAGUUGGGUUCAAUCGUUAUAAAUAUUAUUAUUAUUAUUAUUAUUU